AUGUUCCUUAUUUUUAUCCUCCUGCUCAUCGGAGUCUCCGCUGAAUGGAUCGAAAUAACUCAACAGUACAGGAAACCUACCAAUAAGCAUUCGUCAGAGAGUGACCAAGUGUACUUUAAUGAUAGCAUUGAGCAUUGGCAUCAAAGUCAAGAUUUUUUCAGUGUUCGUGAUCGAGUUAACAGCAACGUGUACCAUAAAGUGAACUUUGAUAUUAACAGUGACAAUAAAAAGAAAGUUCCAACAGAGAGCAUGGGUAAAAUAGAGAGAGUGUCUAUUAGCAAAGUAGGUAACGUGAAACGUGUUCAGAUAUCUGAUUCUACUGUGAAAUCGUCUGCAAUAAAAACUGAAAAUAGCAGGCUGGUUACUACUGCUAGAGAUAAACUUAGUGACACAGCGAAACAAAAUAAUUUAAGAAAUAAUUUACAAGAUAAUCGUAAGGAGCAUCAAGCCACUGAACCAAUAGCAACACCAGUAAAUACAAACAAAAAUUUAAAUUCAAGUUUAGUUCUGGAUAAUCCAUUGAAAAGUUAUAAACCGCUUAGAACAUAUAAAGAAAAGCCCACAUUCGUAACAAAGGGUGAUUCGUUCGAAGCAGAGGUAACAAAAGAAGAAGAAAAACAACAAAAUAAAAACAAAUUAGACUUCAGAAACAAGCCAAUUACUACUGAUAUCCCAAAAAUUGUUUCAAAAGACGAAAAGCUCACACAGAAAAAUGAAAUUUUAACAAUCAACUACGUAAAAGCUAUACAAAAAAAGAACAAUAAAAUCUCAAACAAACAAGAUGCAAGCAAUAAUAAGAAUGAACCUCACAAAUCUAUUGUUGAAGAUCCAAAAGAUAGCACUUUGGAAACUGUUGUUAAAUUUAUGAAAAUAAUAACUGACACUAUAUCAAAAAAUACCAGAAAAAAAAUUAGUACUAAAGUUAGGUAUUUAGAAGAUCUGAGAAAUACAAUAUUAACCAACAUUAGUAAGUAUUAUAAAUCAAAUUGA